AUGGUGCUCUCUUCAAGCGGUAUCGUCGAAGAGUACUGGCAACCGCUCACCCAACAGUCAGAUUCUCAUAACGCAACAUUACUUUCGAAGGUCGUAAACGAGAUACAGGAGAAUGACAUAACAAGGCCGAAAGGAUAUACGGUAUCAUGGCAUUCAAAUCCCGAGAUCGAAAAACAUCACUUUGGGCAUGCCCACCCCAUGAAACCAUGGCGACUCACCUUGGCCAAAGGCCUGAUCAUGGCUUAUGGGAUGCACGCUGCCAUGGACACCUACGUCUCGCGGCCUGCUACGAAAGAAGAGCUGGAGGACUUCCACAGCGAAGAGUAUCUUGACUAUCUCAAAUCCGCACUGGUAACAGUUCCUGAUGACAACGAAAUAAAGGAUUUCAAUCUUGGUAAUACCGAUUGCCCUAUUUUCGAAGGGCUGUUCAACUAUUGCUCCAUGUAUUCCGGGGCCUCCAUUGAUGCGGCGCGGAAACUUUGCAACAACGAGUCAGAUAUUGCAAUUAAUUGGUCAGGCGGUCUACAUCACGCUAAGAAAGCUGAAGCGUCAGGCUUCUGUUAUGUGAAUGAUAUUGUCCUGGCGAUAGUACAACUUUUACGGAAACAUCCCAGGGUUCUCUAUAUCGAUAUCGAUGUCCAUCACGGAGAUGGUGUGGAGGAAGCGUUCUGGUCAACAGAUCGGGUAUUGACUCUGUCAAUUCACAAGUACGACGGGAUGAACUUCUUCCCAGGAACUGGUGACCUGGAUAGGACCGGGCCAGACAGCGAGGAAAAUCCCGGCGCGCACCAUGCCAUCAAUGUCCCUCUCUCCGAUGGGAUUGGCGACCAACAAUACGUAUGGCUCUUCAAGACAAUCGUGGGAAUGUGUGUCCAGCGUUUCCAGCCCACCGCUAUUGUCCUGCAGUGCGGCGCGGACUCGCUUGCUGGAGAUCGGCUGGGAAGGUUUAAUGUACAAGUGCAAGGUCACGGGGCAUGUGUUACGUAUUGCAAGUCUUUGGGUAUCCCGCUCCUACUUGUUGGUGGAGGAGGAUAUACCCCUCGUAACGUAGCACGCGCAUGGGCACAUGAAACCAGCAUCGCCAUAGGCUGUGAUGGGAAGCUCAACCCGAUCAUUCCACAACAUACACCAUAUCGAUCUCAUUUCCGCCAUGAGACCAUCUUCCCCACGCUAGAAGAGAUUCUCGGAGACCCCCGUGGGAACAAAAAUACCGACAAGAAGAUUCGAGAAAUUGUAUCUUCGAUUACCGAACAACUGCGAUUUGUCAACAGUGCUCCAAGUGUACAAAGCCAGAGCAUACCACCUGAUCUGUGUGCAUGGAAGGAUUCUGUUGAUGACGAGCUCAGGGAGAUGAGAGAAGCGACUGAUGGUCAACUCAGACGAGAGAGAGAGAUGGGCUUAGGGGUGCCAAUGGAGUUUUGA